AGGCACUGCUAAACGAUAUAUGAUCUAUGCGUUAAAGAGUACGCUGGAAAGACGUGACAUUAAGUAUGACAUUGUAUAAGUAGGUUAGGACACGUGGUUAGGUCAAGUGUGGUUAGUCAGCGAUUAAGAAACACUCUUAAUUACUUUAGCAUGGGUCAUUGUGAACUUUGACGUCCCCGUAGUAUUUAAUCUUUAAUCUUUAAGAGGUUUCUUCUAUCCCUUCACUGAGGGGUAUCACUGAUAUUGCUGCUGCUGUAGCUGUUGUUGUAGUUGGGGUUAUAAUAGCAAUAAUACUGAUAAUUAUUAUUAUUAUUAUUAUUAUUAUUAUUAUUAUUAUUAUUAUUAUUAUUAUUGUUGUUGUUGUUGUUGUUGUUGUUGUUGUUGUUGUUGUUGUUGUUGUUGUUGUUGUUAGCAAUUAUUAAGGCAAUUGAGUGGAUUUUUCUGUUGAACCUUCAGCGACACCACCGCCGCUGCCACUACCACUAUUACUACCUCUAUCGGCAUUACUAUUUAGAUGUACCUUGUCUCUCUUAACAAGUCAUUACCCUGAAACCAUUGAGGCAGCAGAUAUAUAUAUAUAUAUAUAUAUAAAGAGAAAGCGAGAGAGAGAGAGAGAGAGAGAGAAGAGAGUGAAAUAGUUGGAAAAAGAAAUGAUAUAGAUAAGUGUACAUAGGUACAGAUGGAUUGAUUGAUAGCUCGAAAACAUAAACAGAUUGGUAGCUAAGUAAUUAAGCAUAUAGAGAUAAGCAGAUAUAAAUAGACAGCGGACAGUUAGACAAACAUAUAGAGAUAAAAGAAAAAGUGGUUGUUAGUCCUAUAUCGUGAUUUAGCGUGUAAUAAAUUCUGUGCGGUGUCUUAUCCAUUUUAGAUAUUGUUAGACUUUAAUGGUUUGCUUCAGGAACUUGUGCCAUAAACUUUGGCCUAACAAACAGAACCCUUAGUCCUGCAUUUAAUAUUAAACUUACCUCGACAUUCCUAUAUAUGACAUUGAAAAGAAAAGUUCAACCAACGGAAAUACUCAGGUAAACGUAAUUAAACAGCUAUAUAUAUAUAUAUAUAUAUAUAUAUAUAUAUAUAUAUAUAUAUAUAUAUAUAUAUAUCCAAAGUCUUCAAACCUCGUGUGAUUGCUGUGUUGCUGUGAUAAGAAAACAAAUGAACCUUAGCUCUUUUUAUCAUUUAACCGUAAAUUCUUAACGUUCUACUUUUGCUGUCUUCCUGUCGAUAGAAGAAAAUAUUCUAAUAUACAUAUGGUAAAUAAAACCCGGAUAUAUUUAUAUGAAAACAAAAUUUUGGUGAUGACAAUACUGGUUUGAGUAUGAGAAAACGGCAUCCGCGAUUUCUGCGUUAAUCCCACUCGUAAAAGCAAAUAAUCUGCUCCGAUGAUGAAUAGCUGCCUGCCCAAUCAAUAACCAAGGCUGAAAACGAAAACCCAUUUUAAAGGGUUGACCGUGAAACUUAAAACGACAAUAAUAACAUCAACCACAGAAACAACAACAGCAACCACCACCACCACCACCACCAUAAGAACAAGAACAACACCAACAAAAGAGACAACAGCAGAAGCAAUUUCCAAUAAAUCCGUUUGACUAUUUAUUAAAAAAAAAAAAUCCACUUCAAAUACCAAAGUUUGAGCAUUUUAUUAAUUUAUAUAAAAUAAUUAAAUGCUUAUUAUACACGCAUGAAAACAAAACAAUUUCCACAACCUCUUAGCUCCACUGGAAUAUCGAAUACUUUAAACUCAUUAUAUAUAUAUAUGUAUAUAUAUUUAUGUGUGCGUGUGUAUGUGUAUAUAUAUGUGUGUAUAUAUGUGUAUAUAAGAGUGUGCAGACAAUAAGUACAAAAAAUAAAUUAAAAUAUUUGAAACGAGUAAGUAGAUAUUUUAAUUAUGAACUGAGAUUAUUAUUAUUAUUAUUCCUUCACCGUAUCUAUUGGUUUCACGAUGUCGCUACUCACACAAUGAAGUAAAUUUACCCAUUGACUACUCAUUGACAAGAUUUUUUGGAAUCUAAAUAUUCGAACUACGCUGGGUGGACUCGAUUCGUCACCAGGGAGAAUAUAAACGCGGAGAUGAACACUGGACGUUACUAUAGACGUUGUCUGUGGUUAUAAAAACAAUAUAUAUAUGUAUAUAUAUGGAUGUUAAUGUUUACAUAUAAAACAAGGCUGUCAUCUUUACAAGGCUGUCAUCUUUACAAGGCUGUCGUCUUUACAAUGGAAACGUCUUGUCACGUAUUUCAGUAGUGAAGUUUGGUUUUUUCCUUUCUUGCGAAUAACAGAACAACAUUUCCUUUCAAUAUGAAUCGUGAAUAAUACACCAAUAUAUCAUAAUAUUGUAUAACAUUUUCCUUUUCGAACAGUAAGCUAUACAUAUACAUAGUCGUAUGGUCUCUUGAUUUGUCAGUGAAGACGUGCCAUUAUUGCUGCCUGGUAUUUCCACCACGUUAAAAAAAAAAAAAAAAAAAGAAUCCGUCUAUGACUAUCCCACCUUCCAUAAUUUUAAUAACUACAGAUUACCUGCAACAUCAACAACUACAGAAUAUUUACCCAAACAAUACAUUGUCUAUUUUAAAUUAAAUGUUCAUAUUGAUGCGAAAACGAAAGAGAACGUUAACUAUGGUGACUGCUGGCGCAAUCAUUGCUCUGCCGUCACCGCUUUUCAUGGCAUUUAUUUUCGUAAUUAUAAUGUUUCUGAUUUACAACUGGAAGUUCUUCCAGACCGUUGAUGCCAUGCCGGUCGCUUAUUAUAAAGAGUCCGCUCUGGCGACACACAUUAUGAAAAAAUGCAAGCAACUGUGUCAGCCGUUCAAACCAACCCUGUGGAUCAGGAAUAAGCACAUUCAGACGUUACUUACCCCAUGGUUGUCCAAUCCCCAAGUGCAAUACGAAAGGGAAUAUUUACAGAUGCGGGAUCGUGGUAUCGUUUCUAUCGACUGGGCAUCGAUCCGAGAUAGACGCAUUCGUGAGUCGAACACGGUUUUCAUCAUUAUCCCGGAUGUAGCCCGGGAUGCAACCAGUGUCAGCCGAUUAACUAAACACGCGACUGACCGAGGUUUUCGCGUGGCUGUAUUCAAUCGACGCGGCCACGCUAACAGUUUCUUGACUUCUCCAAAACUACAAGGCUUUGGCGACCCGACAGACUUGCGACAAGUAGUCAAGUACAUUAGGGGAGUAUAUAGCCGAGCUAAUUUGGUGGCGGUGGCGAUAGGGACAGGAAGUGGCCUUUUGCUUUCCUACCUUGGUGAAUAUGGCUCUUCGGCCCAUCUCGCCGCCAGUGUGUGUGUGUCAGCCUGUUACGAAGCACAAGAAUUGUUAGGCAAAGACCUAAAGAACAUUUACGACUUUUUCUACCUCCUCAGGCAAAAGAGGGCACUCAGUCCUCAUGUACCGGUUCUCACCGGUCACUUAGAUCUAUUAUCACUGUUCAACAGCUGGACAUUUCGAGACUUCGACGAGAGAUUGUACUGUAAAAUGUACGGACAUAAAUCAAUCGACGAAUAUUGGGAAAGAAACAAUCCUAUGAGAGAUGCGGACGAUAUUGCUGUACCUCUUCUGUGUAUCAACAGUCUCGAUGACCCUAUGUUCCCUAAAUGCAAUAUCCCUUAUGAUCUGUUUAAAUGUUACCCCAAUCUAUUUCUGGUGGUCACCGAAAGAGGGGGCCACUGUGGUUUCAUUGAGAACUUGACGACUGCUGUGUCGUGGGCCGAGUGCUUGACGAUUCGUUAUAUCGAGGCUGUGCUGGACGCUCAACUUAAAAUAAAAUGAAAAUUGUAAUUAUCAUUA